AGAGCGCGCGGGUGGAUGGCGUCUUCCUCGCGCCCCGAGCGGUUGGCGCUCUCGCGAGAUGGGGGCCGGGCCGGGGUGAGCCGCGGAGCCGGACGCAGGGAGGUGGGGUGCGCGCGGCCCCGCUCCCCGCCUGCCCAGGACAUGGCCCCGAGGAGCCGCCCCGCAGCGACCCCCGCGCCGCGCGCCGCCGACAUGCGCAGGAGAGGGGCCCGCAAGCGCCUCAAGUUCCGGGCCGAUGACGUCUGCUCCGAGCGGGUGACGGUGGCGGAUUAUGCCAACUCUGACCCUGCCAUCGUCAAAUCCGGACGCAUGAAAAAAGCUGUGGCCAACGCGGUGCAGCAGGAAGUAAAAUCCCUCUGUGGUUUGGAAGCCUCACGUGUUCCUGCUGAGGAAGUGCUCUCAGUGACUGGAGAAUCCUGUGACAGUAGCGAUGAAAUGGAUGCUAAGGAAAGCACCAACGAGAGAACUGCCUCUAGAAAAAAGAAAAGCAAGAGGCACAAAGAAAACCCUGAUGAGGCUGUUGGAGAGGAUUAUCCCAUUGACAUCUGGCUGUUGCUGGCCUCCUACAUACGUCCAGAAGAUACAGUGAAGUUUUCUCUGAUUUGCAAAAAAGCCUGGACUGUCACUUGCACUGCUGCCUUUUGGACCAGACUCUACAGAAGGCACUACACUCUGGAUGCAUACCUGCCUCUCCGUUUACGGCCAGAAUCGAUGGAAAGGCUGCACUGCCUCCGUGCGUGUGUCAUCCGUUCGUUAUACCACAUGUAUGAACCUUUUGCUUCUCGUGUCUCCAGGAAUCCGGCUGUUCCAGAGACUACCCCCAGCACUUUAAAGAAUUCCAGCCUUGUGUGGGACACUGGAGCCGUUGUGGUGUCAGCAGAAGUGUUUGCCCUUUAAAGACACCCCCAUUAUUUUUGGUGGAGCAGCAGGCCAUACGGUGCACGUCUGAAGGGCAGGACGGCUGACACGUGGAUGACAUCCUCUGCCCCUUAGGAGGUACUUACCGUUUUGUGCUUAACUACUUGCCAUGAUCACAUGAGCUGUUAGAUGAAGCUGUCUGUAAGGGCACGCGCUGGCUCUGGGUCUCUAGACAUACACACACUGGCUCUGAUCAAACUGGCAUGCUAAAAUAGAGUGGUCGUGUCAUCGUGUGGCGGGAGGGACUAACCGCCCGAGUGUAACCCAGUCAGAAGUGGUAGGAAGGUACUUGCACAGCUAGCCUAAGCUCCCCCCAUGGCCACUCUAUUAUUUUCAGCAUGUUAACUUAAUUCCAGCGAGUGCAUGUAGGU